GCGGGCUGCUCAGAAGUGCCGGAGAAUAAACGCAGUGACACAGCGGUAGUCUACCGGCAGUGCCGUGAGCUGUCGUUUUGAAGAACUGGUUUUCAGUUCUCGCUUUAACUUGGCAUUAUACAAAAUUAUAUAACUUCUAAAAGAAAAUUAUUUAUUUAAGACGCACUGGAAGACAAGUCGAUGUUUAUUUUUCCCUCGUGCCUUGCCACAUGUUGAAAUUUGCUGCUUCCUUUUAAUGACCACACGUACUGGCAAGCUUUUGUGAGAUAUUCCCCCGAAAAUGUUGUCAGCAGUAGCCGAACUUUCUGUUGAAAGUAAGAUAUUUUACUCGGUGCUAGUAUUUUCUUGGACUGUUUAUCUAUGGGAGGCCUACCUCGCGUACAGACAGAGAAAAAUCUAUCAAUCCACCGUUCAAGUACCAACAGAGCUGGGCAAGAUAAUGGAUGCUGAGACUUUUGAGAAGUCGCGACUUUACCAGCUGGACAAAAGUUCCUUUGGUUUUUGGUCGGGUCUGUAUUCAGAGGUGGAAGGAACACUUAUUCUAGUCCUUGGAGGUAUUCCUUUUCUGUGGAAAAUCUCAGGCAUUUUGAUAGGUAAUGCAAACUUUGGACCGGAAUAUGAGAUUACACAAUCUCUAGUGUUUUUGCUGCUUGCCACGCUCUUCAGUGCCUUGACUGGUUUGCCAUGGAGCAUUUACAGUACAUUUGUUAUUGAGGAGAAGCAUGGUUUCAACCAGCAGACCCUGGGAUUCUUUCUGAAGGAUGCCAUUAAGAAAUUUAUGGUCACACAGUGCAUCCUCCUUCCUGUCACUUCUUUGCUGCUGUAUAUUAUCAAGAUUGGUGGAGACUAUUUCUUUAUUUAUGCCUGGCUAUUUACUCUUGCUGUGUCUUUGGUGCUGGUAACCAUUUAUGCAGAUUUUAUUGCUCCACUCUUUGAUAAAUUUACUCCAUUACCAGAGGGUGAACUAAAAGAAGAUAUUGAAUCAAUGGCAAAGGAUAUUAGUUUUCCCCUUACUAAAAUAUAUGUUGUAGAAGGAUCAAAACGCUCAUCACAUAGCAAUGCCUAUUUUUAUGGCUUCUUUAAAAACAAAAGGAUAGUUGUCUUUGAUACACUGCUUGAGGAUUAUUCUCCAAUCAACAAAACUACAGAGUCGGAAUCUGAACCAGACGCUGCUUCUAAGAGUGGUGGGGAAAAUGAAAAUGGAGACAAAUCCAAAUCCAAGAACAGGAAACAAGGCUGUAACAAUACUGAAGUUCUAGCAAUUUUGGGGCAUGAACUGGGGCACUGGAAAUUGGGUCACACAGUGAAGAACAUUGUCAUUAGUCAGAUGAAUUCCUUUCUGUGCUUCUUUUUGUUUGCUGUUCUUAUUGGUCGAAAAGAACUCUUCAGUGCCUUUGGCUUUUAUGACAGCCAGCCCACUCUUAUUGGCUUGAUGAUCAUCUUCCAGUUUAUUUUCUCUCCAUAUAAUGAGCUGCUGUCGUUUGGCCUGACUGUGCUAAGCAGAAGGUUUGAGUUCCAAGCUGAUGCCUUUGCUCGCAGCUUAGGGAAGGCGUCCGAGUUGUAUUCUGCCCUUAUAAAGCUAAACAAAGACAACUUGGGUUUCCCAGUAGCAGACUGGCUCUUCUCCAUGUGGCAUUACUCCCACCCUCCUCUGCUGGAGCGACUGCGAGCUCUUAAAGGACUUAAAGAAGAUUGAUAUUACAAGACAGCGUAACUGAAAAGGAGGGACCCCCAUCUCCUCCUCUGGAGAUACGCAUUCCAUUAUCUUGCUGAUUUUUAUCAGUGUAAAUACAGUAAACGGUAAAAAAAAAAGCAAUUCAGCAGUAUGUUCACACAUGUGAUAAUUGACAUUUAAAAAAUGGGUAACACAGCAGAAACAUAUCAUCUAAUGCAUUCAGCAUGAAUUUAAUUAUAGCUCCUUACUUAAACUUGUAUUAGGUCCCCGCGUAUUGGACUUUAAAUAAAGUGGCUGUCAUUUGAUUAAUUUGACGCAGAGAAAAUGCUGUUUAAUCUGUAAGGUGAAUUGAUCUCGACUAUUAUUGGUGUACCUUGUGUUUUUAAUGAUUGAUUAUUAAUUUGUCCCAAAAUGCAGCCUACAUCUUUUUUUAUACAUUUUUAAUAGACUGUUUCUUAAAGUUGCUUAAUGUUCUCUGUUUUAUUUAAUUUGAGGAAAAAAAAUUAAAACAGGAACAAAAUUAACUGAAAUAAGAUUAUUUUUGUGCCUGUUUUGGCUGCUUGUUUUGUGUUGUGAAUUUAUUUUGACUAAAUGUGAAGAGGGUGUGAUAAAAUACGUGUACAGUAUAUACAGAAGAGGCCUUUUCACCAUGGCAUGUAUGUUUUUUGGUUUUUUUUGAAGUUGAUGUAUUUUUUGACACUGUGUCAAUUAAAGUGAGUGUAUUGACA